AUGUGUCUCCCGGUGAUGCAAAGAUAUGACGUCACGAUUCCGUGCCCGGAUGGAGAGGACGAGAUGGACUGUUUGAAUGUUGACCGAGACUGUGAGGAGAGAGAGUUCCGUUGCAUACAGUACAGGCAGUGCGUCCCCGGUGCGCGGAGGUGCGACGGAACCCCGGACUGUCUGGAUGGGUCUUACGAGUGGUACGGUUGUACUAAGACCACCACCACUCGGCCUGUGCUAGAUUUAGAGAUAAGACUGAUGGACGGUCAGAGUGACGUCACUGGCAAGAUGCGACGUGGUCGCGUGGAGGCACGAUUGCCCGGAAGUGACGAUAAGUUUGGCACCGUGUGUGGCGACAUCUGGACUGACAAGGAGGCUACGGUCGUCUGCAGAUCGCUGUACACAGAGUAA